AACAAAAAACAAAACAAAAACCAAACAUUGCUUUACGGCCCUAAGAUUUUACAGUAUUGGGUUGAUUGGGUUAGAAUAGUUGCAUUGAACCUCAUUUAUUCGCUAAAUACGAAGGUGAAGUUAUGUCGACUUCCAGAAACGAACCGGAUCAAUGUAAUCUCAGGAAAUACGACUUUCCAUUAGAUGACAUACCAAGAUUAAACUGCAUGGAUCCACAAGUAGAUGAGCUCAUAAAGAGUAAGAAGCCUGUAGUAUUGACAGGGUCCAAUCUUGUCGGUGCAGCUUCAAAAUGGGACUUGGAUUAUUUGGAGAAAAACAUGGGCAAUGGAGAUUUUACAAUAUUUGUCAGCAAAGGAAAUCAAUUCAAGUUUUUUGACGAAAAGAAGCUUGCUGAAAUUGAUUCAGUCUCCGGGGCUCACACAAAAAAUAGACCACAAAAAGAGUAUAUUAGACCAGCUAAGAGUUGUCCCAUCAAAAUACAAGACUUUGCCAAAAGAGUAAGAGAAUGGAAAGAUGGAGAUGAAAGACUAUACCUUCAGCAAGCCUUAAGUAGCACUUCUGGAGCCGGAGUUGUGCAAGACUUCAUACGGUUCAGAUGGGACUGGGUGACAGCGAAACAAAAGUUACACAAUUGGGGAAAAUUGACGUACAAUUUACUACUAGUUGGCUUAGAAGGUAAUGUAACACCAUGUCACUAUGAUGAACAGGAGAAUCUUUUUGCCCAAAUACAUGGCCACAAAAGGUGUAUACUUUUCCCUCCAGAACAAUUUGGGUGCCUUUACCCUCAUCCUGUGUGGCAUCCACAUGAUAGGCAAAGUCAGGUUGACUUAGAUAAUCCAGACUAUGACAGAUUUCCUAAAAUGAGAGAUUUACAUGGUGUGCAAGCAGUUGUCGGACCCGGGGAUGUUUUAUACAUUCCUAUAUACUGGUGGCAUCACAUUGAGUCAGUCAAACCUGAAAAGUAUACUGUCUCUCUCAAUUUUUGGUACAAGGCAGGACCAGUUGGGCAAGUAGAAUAUCCUAUCAAGGGAUAUCAGAAAGUCGCAAUUAUGCGAAAUGUUGAAAAAAUGCUGGCAGAAGCUAUGCAAGACCCGGAAGAAGUUGGUGCACUUUUAAGGACUAUGGUGCAAGGUCGUUUUUGAGAAGUCCCUGACUAAUUUUUGUUCCCAUACUUGAAGGCUUGUUUACUGAAGACUGACUUUUGUAUGCCAUGUCUUGUUGUUUUACCACACCCUAUGAACUUGGCCAUUUGUGUUGUUUAUGUGUUUCAUUUCAAUUUGCAUAAUCUGUACUUAAUUUUUAGACUAUUUAUUGUGUCUGCUUUGCAGUUUCCUAAUAUGUUAAGAGCUGUUGUUGCAUGGUCUGUGAUAAUCCAAUCAAUAUUAUAUGUUUUAAACCUAUGAAUGAUUUGUUUUAUAAUGUGCUUUAGGGUUGGUGUCCUUAAGUUUUUAAAAGUUUUUAAAGGUAAAAACUACACUAGAUUUUAAAAAAAUCAUUUUACUCUGUUUCAAUGAAAGUGUUUUAUGAAAUUGACUUGUCUAAUAUGUGAUAAAGUCUCAAAUAAAUGUUUUAGCAAGCUGUUCCUUUAAAAAGAAAAAAGAAAAAGAUUUCUCAAAAUCAUAAAAUGUUGAAGUACAUCCUGCACUAGGUUGAACUGAAUCAAUACCACUUCAACUUGGUAAGUCCGAGAGUGAUUGGGCCAGCGUUACCCUGCAAGGCAUAGCCACCAUGUACCCACGUGGUACUCAACGUGUUUUCAUUUUUUUGAGAUUAAUAAAUGCAUGUCAAAUAUUGG